AUGAGAACAAAAUUUACCUGCAACGAUAAUUCCCAUGCCAAGCAUGAUCGUCUGUUGGCGGUUUGGAAGCUUUGCGAAAAAGUACGCCUGCGGCUCGAACCCAUCGCAGAGAAGCUACGGUUACAGUUCCAACUGGAAGAUGUCUGCCAUUCCGGAACCAUACCGGUAUGCCAGUUCGCUAACAUACUGCGUUGUCAGCUUGGAGAGACCAUAAGCAAGGAAGAAAUCUGUGAAGUUGCCGAAUACUUUAGCGCAACUGCAGGCCGUACAUCGUACGAUCAAUUUUGUGACAUCCUGUUUGGUGAAGCGGUUAAGAUCAACUCUGGAAACUCUGGAGAUCGUCAGUCCGUGUAUGAGCAUCGUAAGCUGUUCCUGAUGCUGAUGUCCAUCGCAAAAGCGUUGCGUUUCCGGGAACAGGUUUUAACGCCCUACUUUGAAGAUUAUUCGUUGAGCACAAAUUCUGAAUCAUUCUGUACGAUACGCUAUGCCACGCGUGUUCUCUAUUUCUUGGGAGUGACACUGGCAAAGUCUGAUGCCGUACUACUUGUCAAGCGGUUUUCUACCGAUGGGCAUAAUUUCCACUACAAGGCAUUCAUCGAUGAGAUUCAUCAACUGUUUCGAUAUUUGGAUGCGCACGAUGGUGCACUCGAUCGCGAAAAGGAUGACGCGGCAGUACCUCGCAAAGUUAUACACACCGAACUACCUAAGGUGGACCGUACGGAAAUUGGUUCAGUUUCUUUAGAACAUUUGCUUGGUAAGCGUGUUGCUUUCCAUCCAUGCUUGCAACCAGCACGCAAAGACUUCGAAAUAGAAGAACUACUGUUGCGUGUACAGCGCCACAUUUGGAAUGGCACGAUCAACAUGAAGGACUUUUUUCAACAGUACGAUCUGCUGCGAUGUGGAUGGCUAGCUAAGAGUACUUUCAUCCGAUGUCUGGAUCUGAUAGGACUAUCGUCACUCGAUCGGUUACCAUUGCAUGAGAGGGAAAUUAAACAGCUCUGUGAACGGUACGCAGAUCCGAAAGAUCCGUGUAAAAUCCAUUGGACAGCGUUUGUGCAUGAAAUUAAUCGAGUAUUUACCGAGCCACAUCUAGACAAGGGCACAUUCAUACCGGUCGAAAGUCCACCCCAGCCGGUGAAGGAUUUACCACGGGCUGGGAAACACCCGCUCGCUUUGGAUGAGCUUAACGAUGCCCAGAGGCUUGUAAUGAAAAUGAAAGACAAAAUUGCCUGCCAGCGAGUGCUAAUCGAGCCCACGUUCAAAGAUUUUGAUAAACAUCGCAAUGGACACGUAAGUUGCAGCCAAGCUCGUGAAGUCUUUUCGAUUUGCGCUGUACACCUAAAGGAGCGGGAAGCAUUCCUGCUGGACAGGCUCUACAGUGAUGUGCUGGGCUUUGAUUAUCAUCAGUUCUUAAAAGACAUUGGUGUGACCAAAGCUGAAGGUUCGGACGACAUGCUAGCAUACCGGAAGGUUAUCGAAAGUAUCAACAGAGAAGUGGCGCAACCGUCGAAACCAAUGCCUUGGGAAAGAGAUAUCGUACGGGUGUUGGCCAAGGUGAAAGCUCAAGCUGUUCGUCGUCGGUUACGUCUGAUAGAUUUUAUGCAGGGAUUUGACCCGUUGAACCACCAUCGUAUCAGUGAUGCUCAAUUUUGUCGAGGGCUUGCAACUGCCAGCGUUCAGUUAACUGCGAAUGAGAUGCAACUGCUCUGCGAGUAUUUCCGCACGCCUACAUGUCCAACGGUGGACUAUAAACGGUUCUGUGAUACUAUUGCCGAAGUAGACUAUCACCCGAACCUCGAGAAGGCUCCAUUGUUGGUACCGUGUAGCCAUUUCCCGGCCGAUGAACAACCGGUCAAUUUCUUAAAUUUCAAUGAGCGAACCAUCGUUUCCAAGGUGCUUCAAAAACUGGCCCGACAUGCGGACAUUGUAUCGAACUUGGGAUCACUGUUAAAAGAUUUCGAUACUCAAAACGUUGGUCAUGUGGCACGAAACCAGUUGCUGCGAGCGCUUGCGACACGUGAUUUGCAUACGCGAAUCUCAACCCGUGAGUUCGAAAUUCUUUGCAAAUAUUUUGCUGUUGAAGUUGGAUUUCGACAGGAGGUAAACUACCGUGCGUUCCUGGAAGGCUUGGAUUAUUUAUACAAGAAUCGAGAGGUUCAUCCGUUUUGA